AUGUCUGCGGUUCUCGACGAAAAGCUUUCCCCUGGUCACGAUGACCUUCCCGGCAACGGCGCCGAUGCCCGUGGCACCAAGCGCAACCGCAUGAGCGCCGACGAUGAAGAUGAUGAUGAUGAUAAGCCCGGCCGUGAGCGUCGCAAGAUCGAGAUCAAGUUUAUUCAGGAUAAGUCGCGUCGGCACAUUACUUUCUCCAAGCGGAAGGCCGGUAUCAUGAAGAAGGCCUACGAACUCUCUGUCUUGACUGGCACUCAAGUUCUCCUCCUGGUCGUCUCCGAAACCGGCCUUGUCUACACCUUUACUACCCCCAAACUUCAGCCGCUGGUUACCAAGGCCGAGGGCAAGAACCUGAUUCAGGCAUGCCUCAACGCUCCCGACCCAGCCGCUAGUGAGAACGGUGUCGACGCCCCCCGAUGUAUUCACCCUGGCUACAUGACCAAUGAGCAGCAACAGCAGAUGGCGUACUACCAGAACCUCCAGCAGCAACAACAGCAGGCUGGUGGUCAGUACCCCAUGCCGGUCGGCGGUCGCAUGCCACCCCAGCACCAGCCCACUGCUUGA